UUAUAAGAAAAACUAACAAAAAUAUUUCCAAAAAUUAAAACAGAAAAAAAUUAAUUACUAUUAUUUAGUAAAAAAAGAAGAAGAGAGAAACCCACAAUACUGAUGCUCCUCUUCCUCAUCGGGUUCUUGCCUAAUCUGAUCACUGAUGCCUCACGUUUGAACUGGGUUUAUACGUUUUGAGUGGCUGAGCAAUUUCUGAAACUCCCUUUAAAUCCGAAUUGUACAAAUUUUUUGAAUCUGACAUUUACGAAGACAGUGGCUGGCGUGAAGUCUCUGAUUAUCUACGGAAACACCAUGGAAGAUCGAAUUCUACCUGGGCUUCGUCUCUUCAAAAAAUGAGCAUACACAGCUUACUAUUGGCUAAGAACUGCUGAAGGCUUCUUCUAAUGGAGAAAGGAAAUGGAUGUUGCUUCUCCAUUAUGGCUUCAAGUGCUACCAUUAUAAUUUUUCUCAUUGGUAUCACCUUAGUCGUGUGUCGUGUCCUCUAUGCUAUGUAUUGGAGCAGCAAACCUCUUCGCAAAAGAGCUCCACAACCUGUCAGUACCCUCGUUGUUUUAGGUUCAGGGGGUCACACUGCCGAGAUGCUUAAUCUCUUGUCUGUGCUGCAGAAAGACAGGUUUUCUCCCAGAAUCUACAUUGCUGCUGCUACUGACAAUAUGAGUCUCCAAAAAGCUCGUUUGUUUGAGAAUUCCCUUGCUGAUGAGACCGGAGUCAGGGCAGUAAAGACUGCACAAUUCUUGCAGAUAUAUCGAAGUAGGGAGGUUGGUCAAUCAUAUAUAACUUCUGUUUGGACAACUCUACUUGCUAUUGUUCAUGCCCUUCAACUAAUGAUUAAAAUCCGACCCCAAGUGAUUAUAUGCAAUGGGCCUGGCACUUGUAUUCCACUAUGUGCAAUCGCAUUCUUAUUUAAGGUAAUAGGAAUUAGAUGGUCAUCUAUCUUUUAUGUUGAGAGUAUAGCAAGGGUGAAAAGGCUGUCUUUAAGUGGUUUGCUUCUUUAUAAGUUACGAAUAGCUGAUGAGUUUUUUGUGCAAUGGCCACAACUACAGAGAAAAUAUCCCCGAGCUCACUAUGUUGGUUGUCUCAUGUAGUUGAUUGCUUCAUGCUACUACCAUGGGUACAAGUUUUGUAAUGUACUUGCCUAUUUCAAAUUAUUAGGGCUAGUCUUUCUUUCUUUCUUUUUUCUUUUUCUUCCUUUUUUUUUUU